UGAUGUGACGCGCCUGGGGCGGUGCUAUAGGACCUUCUGGGCUCCCGGAUGCCCCAGCCCGGAGUAAGCAUGGGGACUCCGGCGGGCGCCGGGACCCGUCCCACGGGCUCUGGAACUCUUGAAGGCGUGGGGACCCCUCCGGGCCUGCAGACUGACUGCGAGACGCUGCUCAGCCGCUUCCAAGAGUUGGACAGCGUGCGCUUCGAGGACUUUGCGGAGCUCUGGCGCAACAUGAAGUUCGCGACCAUCUUCUGUGGCAAAAUGAGAAAUUUAAAAAAGAACAUGUUUACAAAAGAAGCCUUAGCUUUGGCGUGGCGCUACUUUUUGCCUCCACACACCUUCCAGAUCAGAGUUGGCGCUUUGUAUCUUCUAUACGGGUUGUACAACACACAGCUGUGCCAGCCGAAACAAAAGAUCAGAAUUGCCUUGAAGGAUUGGGAUGAAGUUAUUAGAUUUCAGCAAGACUUGGUAAACGCACAGCAUUUUGAUGCAGCUUUUGUUUUCAGGAAGCUUCGGCUUGACAGAGCCUUCCACUUUACAGCGAUGCCCAAGCUGCUUUCAUGUAGAAUGAAGAAAAAGGUUCAACAAACUGAAGUGACACAAAAAUUUAAGGACCCGAAUGAUCGUGUAAUGAAACUUAUCACUUCUGAUGUGAUAGAGGAAAUGCUGAAUGUUCAUGAUCAUUAUCAAAAUAUGAAGCAUGCUAUUUCAGCAGACAAGUCCAUGCCAGACAAAGCUCUCAGUCUGGUAAAGGAGGAUUUUUUUGACAACAUUAAGAACAUAGUUUUGGAGCAUCAGGAGUGGCACAAAGAACGGAAGAAUCCCUCCUUAAAACCCAAACUUAAAGAUGGAGAAGAGAAUAGCGAAGGCACUUCAGAGGAGCUGGAGAGAUGUGAAAGAGCGAUGUCUUUAGCGAAAAUAAAAGCAAAAGCCUUUUCAGCUGUCGCCCAGGUGUCCAAGUCUAGGAGGCAUCGCCAGUCCAAGCUUGACUCUUCUGACUCUGAUUCUGGGUCUGGACAAGUGCAAGGCAAAGCAGCUAAGAGAAAGAGAGCCCGACAGCCAGCGGAACCAGCAGGAAGGAAGAGGUCUUCCAGGGGCAAAGGUAAUGCUCCAAAUGAACGGAAGGAAGAGGAGUCUUCACACCUGAGCAUGCCUAUUAUUACAGAGGAGGAAGAAGACAUGGAUGCUUUCAGCAAAGCAGAGUUCACUGCACCCAAGAAGAAGAGAAAAUGCUGAACCAGGAGGCUGGGGGAGUUUUAAAUUUUGAGCUUUCCAAUAGAAGAAAUGGUGUUAUGUUGUGUUCUGAGCAGGAAGUAGCCAGUGAAGACUAAAUCUGAGAGCAAGAUCAUUUCUGUGAAAUGGGAGAGCCUGUCGUAGGGCAAGAGCUGGAGGAAAGGUUUACUCUGAAGCUUAAUUUUAACAUUUUUGUUAAUAUUGUGAUUUGUAACAAAAUAAAUUGUAAAUGUGUUAAACUUGUUAAACUUGUUAAAGGCCUGUGUGAGUGGAGAUAAAGUUUCUGUAACCUUUAGAAUGUGAUAGAAAGAUUGUACAUUUGUGAGUUAACACUCUUUCCUGGAAGUUUCUGUGAUGUACUGAAUGCAGUACUGUAAUGUUUACAAUUCUGUUUUUAAAACAUUGUUUGAAAAUACUGUUUAUAUAUAAAUGACUCAUACCUGUCACCUAGCAAUGGAUUUGGCUGUGGUUUUUGUUGAAUAUUUUGUGUGUUAUGGUUAAGUGCAAUAAAAAUUUUGCCCCCUUG